CAAAAAAAGUUCAAUGCUAAUUUCCCGCCAAUUGCCUAGCCCUAGACUCGCCUUCCCUUGUUCAUUUCUUCUUCAAUUCUAGUCCCGAAAUGCCCAGAUCCUCAAUGGCGGAAGAGGAAAACACCGAACCUGUCCGACCUGGAUUCCCGACGCCGAGGGUCAAGAGAAUCAUGAAACUCGAUAAGGACAUUAACAAGGUUAACUCGGAGGCUCUAUUCCUCACUACGUGCUGCGCAGAUCUUUUCCUCCGCUUCCUCGUUGAGAAAUCCGCGGAAAUCGUCGCCGAGAAGAAGCGAAAGACGUUGAAACUCGAAGAUCUGAGGAUCGCUGUGAAGAGGCACCGGCCGACGAGCGAUUUCCUCCUCGACUCGCUUCCAAUUCCUACUGUGUCUAUGGAUCGGCUAGUGACGGAUAGGGCCCAAUCUCGGCCCAUCGCUGAAAAACCGGUUCCUGCUGGUACUCGCCGCAUAGACAGUUUCUUUCGUAAAUCUGAAAAUGAAGCGCCGACGGAGACCAAUGAUUCUUAGUUUUUGGUUUUCAAAAUUUAGUGAAAAGUGAGCAGAUUGCAUAUGCUUCGGAUAUGGCCUGUACGGUUUGCAACUAACUGCAGUUGUGUAUUAUAACUUAAAAAGUUUAAUAUAUAUAGGUUUCCCUUGAAUUCUUCAUUUCAUGAUAAUUCCAAUUGUUGAUUGAUUCCUGGCAAACUUAUCUUGGUACGGUGGCAAAAUGUGUCGAAGAUUCACAGGGAAAUAGCCGAAUAGGAGGACUGAAUGUUUACAAUUGCAAGAGCAAACUCCUGAAUGUCAAUUUAUUUGUAUUUGUUAUCAAGAUUCUGAAGGGGUCUAUAUAAAUGAGGUCAAUACAGGAAUUAGAUACACAACGU